GGAAGUUGUUGGGAGGAGUUGUUGUUCACGAGUUGUUGGUGAAGGAUGGAAGGGAUGAUUUUCGAAGAGGAUCGCAGUUGAAGAGGAGUCGAAGGAAGUGGGGAGAUUUAAUCCGGGGAGAUUUAUUUAAAUCGGCGUGUAUAUUGUUGUUUGGUUUCGUAUUUGACGCUUUGUAUAUGAUAAAAAGUAAUCGAAGGGUGAACGGUUGGUUGACACCGUGGUGGUGGAACGCGCUCCUUGAACGAGGGGCGGAUGUCGUGCACAGUGGGGGGAGGAUUGUUGUAGAAAGAGAAAAGUGAUCCAACUUGUUCCGAGCACGAUGAUGGAAGUGCAGCAGCAACACUCCCCUGUAGGGGUGGGUCCUCUCGACUUUUCGCGCAGAGGUGUCGCGGAGGCGUCCGCUUUUCGCGUUGUCAAACCGAAGCAAUCGGCGUCGUCGCUGGUGCAUCAGCAAGCGUUGUCACCGGAAACGAAUAACAACGAAAAUUCGCUUCAAGAGAACCCGCAGAUUCCCGUGGAUACAGAAGGAGGAUGCAACGUUCGUCUAAUGUUCCCCAGACUGUGGGCUCCCUUCGGAAAUCCUGCCGAGGUCACGAGUCUACCACCCCUGCCGAAAAGUCAUUCAGAACGAUUGUCCUUCGGAGUGGGUCGCCUGGUGGGUUCUCCAGCAACGAGGAGUCCAUCCCCGUCGCACUCGCCCUGUCCGGACUCUCCCCCGUCGGAUCGCCGGGACGGCGAGGUGGACGUGGACGUGGAAGAGGAGGAAGUGGACGUAGACGUGGAGGAAGUGGGCGACGAGGACGAUCGCGACGCCACGUCGAGUCCACCCCGUUCCUCGACCACCCCUUCGCCGACAAGCGUCGCGAUAUCGCCCACCUUGAAUCCACCCAAGAAAUCGGGCGAUAGUUUCAGCGUCUCUGCCCUUCUCAGGCCGGAUCCACCCUCUGCCCACCUGCAAAACGCGUCCCCGCACAGGGACACGACGUCGAUCGGCGCCCAUCCACCUCCGCCCGGAUCCUCGAUGCUCUACCCACCCCUUCACCUUCAAGGUGGACUGUUGCCACCCCAUCCUCACCAUCCCCUGUCGUACCUGCACCCUCAAUUGCUCCCCCAUCAUUUGUUACCUCCACACUUGCUGCUACGUGGCGUCCAUCCGGGUCACCCUGGACUCCACUCCACCCACACAGCGCACGGUCUCCAUCAUCAUCCUCUGGGCGAUGUCUACAGUUGCGUCAAAUGCGACAAGAUGUUCAGCACGCCUCACGGUCUCGAGGUGCACGCGAGGAGAUCCCACAAUGGGAAGAGACCGUUCGCCUGCGAGCUGUGCAAUAAAACGUUCGGCCAUGAAAUUAGCCUUACGCAACACAGAGCCGUGCAUUCCGCGGAGAAGGUGUUCGAGUGCAAGCAGUGUGGCAAGGCAUUUAAACGUUCCAGCACUUUAAGUACUCAUCUUUUAAUCCACUCGGACACGAGACCGUAUCCCUGUCAGUUCUGCGGGAAGAGAUUCCACCAGAAGAGCGACAUGAAGAAGCACACCUAUAUACACACCGGGGAGAAACCGCACAAGUGUCAGGUAUGCGGCAAAGCGUUCUCUCAGAGCAGUAACCUGAUCACGCAUUCGAGGAAGCACACGGGCUUCAAACCGUUCGCCUGCGAGCUUUGCGGCCGGGCAUUCCAGCGGAAGGUCGACCUGAGAAGGCAUCGAGAGACUCAGCACGCCGAUCUGAACACGUCUCAAAGACCGUCGAUCGGCUCGAUCCCCGGCCAAAACUCUUUGCCUAACGGCAAUCCGCCGAUGAUGCAAUGAAUAAUUCUCAAACGAUAAUCAAACGGACUGUAAACUUUUAUCCUCUGGGAGGAAACAGGUUGAUAACGUUAAUCGAAUUCUUUCCAAAUGGUGCAAUCGAGGGGAGAUCUUGGACGACGGCGACGAAACGUUUUUUCUUUAUUUUCCUUCGUCGUCCAAGUAAAUAGAUCGAACUUUUUACAUUUUAAGGGAGUAUGUACAUUUAACUUGUACAUUUUACGGACUUUAUUUAUUAUUUAAUAAUUCGAAAUGAUGAUUGACGGCGUUUUUUCUUUUUCUUUUUUUUUUUUUUUUUCUUUUUCUUUUUUCUCUUUUAUUCUUCGAGUGCAAUGUGUGAGGGUUUCAUCGAGGGAUUUUAGAAUUCGUGGACUGGAAUUCAACCGUGCAUUCCGAUACCGUUAUUCCGGGACCGUGGUUGGACACGAACGUGUGUGUGCAAAGUGAUAUAACGCGCAUUAUUGUUACCAAAGCUGUACAUUCCAUACCGUGGCUCGAACAAGAAAGUACUAUUAUAAGAGACAUCGAUUUAAAUCGAUCCAGUUUUUUCUUUUUUUUUUUUUUUUUUUUAAUAGAUUCUAUCGAGAUGAAAGGUGUCCGGAGAAAUCCAGUGAGAUUAUUUCUUUGUUUCCAGUCUCGCUACACUCCGUGUUGAAUCGUUAAGUAUUGAGAUAAUCGUUCACUCUACUUCUCUUAUUACGUAGACAUUUACACGGCGUUCGUUGCGGCAAUUAAACGAGUUUUAUUCGAUUAACAGUUUAAUUUCUAUUUCGAUUCUAUUUCUUUAGGAUUUAGCAUAUCUACGGAGUAAAUCGUUUGACACUGUGUGUGCACUUCAAUUAUUUUAAUUCUUUUUUUAAAUAUAAUUUUAUCACAAUUUUUUUUUUUUACAGUAAUUCACAACGUCAUUUUUGAAUAGAACAAAUUUUGUUUAAUAAUUACUAACGAUCGAAAUUAAUUCUCAUUAGUUCAGUGGUUCGUGUUGUACGUGUAUAAAAAUAAAAUGAAAUUUAUUUGAAAUAAAAUUUUCAUCCUUCUCGUUUAAUCGUCGACAAUAGACAACGUAUAAGAAAGUACGAGCAGCGUACUGUAUUUUGCAUAUCUUCAGCACCUAUCGUUCAAGAAAGGGCAUCACCCACAGCCAAAGUUGCAACUGUGACCAAAAAAAAGAAGAACUUGUAAAUAGCACAUAGAUCGUAUCUCGCCUAGCCUAUAAGCGUAUAAAUAUAUAUAGAUAUUAUAAAUACGAGUAUAAAUAAGGAAAAGAAAAAUGGAAAAAAGGAA